CAGUGUUGCGUUUGUACGACACAGCCGAACCUCGCUUCUUCAUGGUGAUGUGGCUGGCGGCUUGGUAGAUUGACAAUCUUGACAUUUCGGUCAAAGUUAUGUUGAAACUAUAACCACGAGAGCCUUAGCAGUGUCAACUCAUCCAAAGUCCCAUGAGAGCUUCGAUUGUGGAUUUGCUCUGUGGGCGCUCGUUGUCACGCACACGGGCACCUUGAUGGCCUGGUUUACGUAAUCCAUCUCAUCAGUGAAUUGCCAAGUCUCGAGAGCCAGGAAAAGCGGGUCCUUCCAGAAGGACAGCAACGCCUUCCUUGACACCACAGCAGCAAUGGCUGCCGCCAAGCCUCUAACAGCUGGAAAUCGCGAACCUUGAAAGCUGUCCAGGUGGCAUUAUUGGUGACGGCACGAUCGCAACGACACGACACUUGGACAGUAACCCCAUGUGGUCGCCCGGGCUUUACUUUGUAUGAUGCCCUUUCGGCAUGGACCACGACCAUCGCCAUUUGCUUAGCGAUGGCGGCUCCCGAUCCGACGCAACCCGAAUUCCCAUUGACGCAUCUGCCCGCGCCCAGAUGCCCCCCGAGAGUACCAUGACAUUCACACGGCCGAUUUCCCGCCCAAUACAAUGGAUAGGGUGGAAUAUGCUACUAUGGUGUCUUGUGGCGGUGAUGCUGGCCCCUGGCCACGUCGGGGUUGCGGCCAUGUCAACGGACAGGAUAAAAGAGUUACGCCAGGAGACCGUUGACAUGUUUUACCAUGGCUUUGAUAAUUAUAUGGAUAUUGCCUUCCCCGAGGACGAGCUCCGUCCAGUAUCAUGUGUCCCACUGACCCGCGAUGCGAAAAACCCACGAAAUGUCGAGCUCAAUGACGUGCUGGGCAACUACUCACUCACACUAAUAGACAGCCUCUCAACCUUGGCUAUCCUGGCUUCUGCGCCACCAGAUGAACGAGGCACUGGGCCGAAAGCCCUUGCAGAUUUCCAGCAUGGGGUAGCCGCCUUGGUCGAACAGUACGGAGAUGGAAGCCCUGGACCUUCAGGAGUAGGCCAGCGUGGUCGUGGCUUCGAUGUCGACAGCAAGGUCCAAGUCUUUGAGACGGUGAUUCGAGGCCUUGGUGGGCUUCUCAGUGCCCAUUUGUUUGCCGUGGGCGCGCUGCCGAUAACCGGAUACAAACCUCGCCAUAUCGAGACGGAUGACCCCUUAUAUUCGCAACCAAUCGUUUGGCCCAACGGGUUCAAGUACGAUGGGCAAAUUUUGAGAUUAGCACUGGAUCUGGGACAGAGGCUCUUGCCGGCCUUUUACACCAAGACGGGCAUGCCGUACCCGCGUGUCAACCUCCGCCAUGGCAUCCCCUUUUAUACCAACUCACCCAUGCAUGAGAAUGCACCCAUGAACCCACCAGAAGGCCCACUGGAGAUAACGGAAACGUGUAGCGCUGGCGCGGGGUCACUGGUGCUCGAGUUUACAGUUCUGAGUCGUCUGACCGGCGACCCGCGAUUCGAGCAACUUGCAAAACGUGCCUUCUGGGCUGUCUGGUACAGAAAAAGCCAGAUAGGACUUAUAGGGGCUGGUGUGGAUGCCGAGCAAGGCCACUGGAUCGGAGCUUAUGCCGUCAUUGGUGCGGGCGCUGACAGCUUUUUCGAGUAUGCUUUGAAGUCACAUAUUCUACUCUCUGGACAUGAGCCCCCUAACCGGACGGCUCCUGCACGCAAACACAGGGGCGGCAUCGACAGUGACAACUGGUUGGAUCCCAACGCUCUUUUCCCUCCCCUGAACGAUGCCGAAAACUCGGCCGAUUCGUUUCUGGAAGCAUGGCAUCUUGCACACGCAGCCAUCAAGCGCCAUCUUUACAAUGAAAAAGACCACCCCCACUAUGACAACGUUAAUCUUUGGACAGGAUCUUUAGUAUCCAAUUGGGUUGACAGCCUGGGCGCGUAUUACUCGGGGCUCCUUGUCCUCGCUGGUGAGGUUGAGGAAGCCAUUGAGACAAACCUCUUAUACACCGCCAUAUGGACGAGGUAUGCUGCGCUUCCUGAGCGGUACUCACUUCGUGACAAGACAGUUGAGGGUGGACUCGGCUGGUGGCCACUGCGGCCAGAGUUCAUCGAGUCGACGUACCACAUAUAUCGCGCCACCAAAGACCCCUGGUAUCUGUACGUUGGUGAGAUGGUGUUGCGGGAUAUCACGAGACGUUGCUGGACCCCUUGCGGCUGGGCAGGCCUGCAAAACGUUUUGGACGGCGAAAAGAGCGACCGCAUGGAAAGCUUUUUCCUCGGAGAGACCGCCAAAUACAUGUACUUGCUCUUUGACGACGAACACCCGCUAAACUCUUUGGAUGCCCCUUAUGUUUUCACAACCGAGGGACACCCACUCAUUAUUCCCAAGGCUCCGCCAAAAGAUGGGCCUCGCCGACGACGGUCACCUCGCAAAUACUUGACUGUCUAUCCUAACGAGGAGUACACAAACACAUGCCCGCCACGGCCCCAAACCACGCCAUUAUCAGGGUCGGUCGUUGCAGCAAGAGAUGACAUUUACCACGCCGCGCGCUUGUUGGAUCUUCACCAGCUUUCCCCGACUUCCGCCUACGCUAUCGAUGCAGGGCAAAUGUCUGGUCAACACAUGGCUCGCUCAAACUACACGCUUUAUCCGUGGACACUCCCUGCAGAGCUUAUGCCUGACAAUGGCACCUGCGCCAAACUGUACCAGCCAGAGGAGGUGACCCUGGAAUUCGCCUCGAACGCGCAGCAGGCUGUUGGAGGCAGCUCCUUCAACUUUCUACUGGGCAGUCAGAAUCUGGAAAGAUUAAGUGCGGAUCGUAUCCGUGUAUCCAGCCUAUCGGGACUCAAGAUGUCAAUGCGUCUGGAGGAUAGUGGUACUGGUGAGCGUGAGUGGCGGGUCAGCAAAGUUAAUGGCGUUUUGCUGGGCAAGGACGAAUCCAUCAUCUUUGACCGGGCCAUACUGGGCGAGAUCCAAGAUCCAAGAUUCUCGCUGAUCAAGGACCCCGUUCUCGCCAAACUCCAACAGUUACAUCAAAUCAACCUGCUUGAUGAUGAGCCCGCGGCUAGUGACGAUGGGAGCAAAGCUGGCCAACAACCACUGUCUCAAACAGAAGACACCCAUGAAGAAGAAGACCUCGAAGAGCUCGACGCAGACCUUUUACAUGACCUUCUCGCCAAGGCCGAGCUUCCCCCCGUUGCCUCUCCCCGAGUCUCUGUUCCCGCUUUUGGCUCCAUGGUCAAAGCACUCUUCAACCAAAUUGCUGCCUCAUUGGACCUCCAGCUCCCAGACGCCACCUCCAUCCCAGGGCUUAGGUCGUCCACCCCCAAAAAGGCCCUGCCCUACAACCUGGUGAUAAACCGAACAGCAGUCACCCCCACAGGGCUGGGCGCCGCCCCUCUACCAGCGCACAUCAUCCCACCCCGCGCGCCUCGCAUCCCCGAGUUUGGACCCGUCCCGAUAGAGCACUUCCCCUGGUCGACGAUUUAUGCGGCCGGCACUGCCUGUGACGCCGUCCUCCCCGACUCUGCCCCGCGAGACCACCAGGUCAUCGUCAUCCGCAGGGGUGGGUGCAACUUUUCGACCAAGCUGGCCAACAUUCCCGCAUUUUCGCCCUCGUUCAGGUCACUGCAGCUGGUGGUGGUUGUGUCGGAUGAUGACGGGGCCGAGUCGUCGUCGGCGGCUCAUCUGAGGGAGCAAGCGGGGUUGAUCAGGCCGUUGCUGGAUGAGGUCCAGGUGACGCCUGCUGGGUUUGCGAGGAGGCAUCCGAUUCCGAUGGUGAUGGUUGGUGGGGGGGAUGUUGGGUAUGAGCAGCUUGGGGCUGCGAAGAGGAUGGGGUUGGCGAGGAGGUGGUUUGUGGAGAGCUCGGGGUUCAGGGUCAGGAAUGUGAUUGUUGAUGAGGGGGAUAAUGAGGAGGUUGAUUAGGAGUUUAGGUGUAGGUGGGGGGUUAGGGCUAGGGAGAUAUGAUUGAUGGGUGGGAGUGGGUGGUGUGAAUUUUUAAGGUAUGGAGUUUUGUAUAUAUGGAUUCAUUUGGUGAGUGGUAAUUGUGUUUGGGUUGAUGUCAGGUUAGAUGAUGGUGGUUAGAAGUGUUUAUUUUUUGCAUUUAGCGUUGGAUGUAUACAAGUAGUAUGUUUUUUCAUCCCAUCUUUAGAGGCCGCUGCAUGCUGCCUCUGCACUUUAUGCUGGGCCGUUGCCAUAGUCGACAUUGGAUUUAUCCACUUUUUGUGCAGUCAAUCAAUCUAGACUGGCUGUUACAUCUCGAGGGUAGGACUGAGAACCUUGAUGUUUAGGUGUAUGUACGAA